CUGACAUUAAGAAAAUCUUAUGAAGCAUUGUGGAGUUGGCGAAAAACUCGUCUCUACCACCGAAUGUUAACGCAUUUUCUCUGCCAAAGUCCUUCAAAAUCCUCAGUCAAUGCAACAUGGACUUCGCAGACCAGUCUCAGCAACAAUCCCACCACUCAAAUCUCUCCUCUCUCACCCAAUUCCUCCGCCACCAGCACCUCCACCUCCACCUUCACCUGAAUGUACUCCAAAACCCUCCCUAAACCUUCAGUUGCGUAUCCUCCUACAGCCCAUCCUCCAACACUUUCCUCACCCUUCAUCCUAUGCACCCAUUUUCCAGUUCCUUACUCGCCACAACUUCAUCAAACUAGGCCAGCAAGCCCACGCCCAAAUUGUCCUCCAUGGCCUCCAACCCAAUGCAUUCCUCGCCGCCAAAAUGGUGGCAAUGUAUGCCAGCUCCGGGGAUCUUGAUUCCGCUGUGGUCGUUUUUGAUAGGAUUGAUAACCCAUCUUCUUUGUUGUAUAAUUCGAUUAUUCGGGCUUAUACUCGACAUGGGUUUCCUGAAAAAACCCUCGAAGCUUAUGCCCGGAUGCAUUUUCUGGGACUUCUUGGUGAUAAUUUUACGCUCCCGUUUGUUCUCAAGUCGUGUGCGGACUUGUCGCGUGUUUGUAUGGGGAGAUGCGUUCAUGGGCAGGGCUUGAGAGUUGGAUUGGAGGGUGAUUUUUACGUGGGGGCUUCUUUGAUUGAUAUGUAUGUGAAAUGUGGUGUGAUUGGUGAUGCCCGUAAGCUGUUUGAUAAAAUGAUUGUUAGGGAUAUGGCUUCUUGGAAUGCUUUGAUUGCGGGUUAUAUGAAAGAGGGCGAGAUUGGUGUUGCUGAGGAUUUGUUCGAACGGAUGGAGCACCGGAAUAUUGUUUCUUGGACUGCGAUGAUAUCAGGCUACACACAGAAUGGUUUUGCGGAGCAAGCACUGGGUUUGUUUGAUGAGAUGUUGCAAGACGGUUCAGAGAUGAAGCCCAAUUGGGUAACUAUUGUGAGUGUUCUCCCUGCUUGUGCUCAGUCAGCUGCUCUUGAGCGUGGGAGGCGGAUUCAUGAUUUUGCUAAUGGAAUUGGUUUGCAUUUGAAUUCAUCAGUGCAGACUGCACUUGCUGGGAUGUAUGCCAAAUGUUAUAGCCUUGUUGAAGCUCGAUGCUGUUUUGAUAUGAUAGCUCAAAAUGGAAAGAAUUUGAUUGCUUGGAACACUAUGAUAACGGCUUAUGCCUCUCAUGGCUGUGGCGUAGAAGCAGUUUCAAUUUUUGAGAACAUGUUAAGAGCUGGGGUUCAACCUGAUGCUGUAACAUUCAUGGGAUUGUUAUCUGGAUGCAGCCAUUCAGGUCUUAUUGAUGCUGGCUUGAACCACUUCAAUGAUAUGGGUACAAUUCACUCAGUUGAACCAAGAGUUGAGCAUUAUGCAUGUGUCGUAGAUCUUCUGGGCCGUGCUGGGCGAUUGGUGGAAGCAAAGGAGCUGAUUAGUCAAAUGCCAAUGCAAGCAGGACCAAGCGUUUGGGGUGCACUGUUGGCUGCUUGCCGGAGCCACCGAAAUUUGGAGAUAGCAGAGUUGGCAGCUAGAAGGCUCUUUGUUUUAGAACCAGAUAAUAGUGGGAAUUAUGUUCUCCUAUCAAAUUUGUAUGCUGAAGCUGGGAUGUGGGAGGAGGUAAAGAAGUUGAGGGCUCUUUUAAAAUAUCAAGGCAUGAAGAAGAGUCCUGGAUGCAGUUGGAUCGAGAUCAAUGGGAAAUCCCAUUUAUUUAUGGGGGCUGAUAAAUCUCACCCACAGGCUAAGGAAAUUUACAAAUUUUUGGAAGCCCUGCCUGAAAAGAUUAAGAUGGCUGGGUACAUACCAGAUACUAGCUUUGUGUUGCAUGAUAUUAGUGAAGAAGAAAAAGAAUAUAACCUUACAACCCACAGUGAGAAGCUGGCAAUUGCUUUUGGGCUUCUUAACACCAGGCCUGGAGUAGUUCUCCGAGUAACAAAAAACCUUCGAAUAUGUGGAGACUGCCAUGCGGCUACUAAGUUCAUAUCAAAAAUCUAUGAGCGGGAGAUAAUUGUGAGAGAUUUGAAUCGGUUCCAUUGCUUCAAAGAUGGUUCUUGUUCUUGUGGAGAUUAUUGGUGACCAUGCAAGGAGGACACUAAGUUUUGAAGUUGUGUCAAUUAAGAUGACAUCAGCACGGGUAUCUUAGCUCCAUUUUGUGUAUUGGGUGAAAUAUUGGAGUUAUCUGAAGGGAUUUGUGGUCAUCCUACACUAGCUUCGACCGUCAUUUCAAAUUUUGACCUCAAUAUUGAACUCUGUUUACUUAGACAGCUGGAAUUAGUUCGUGGAAGUUUAUGAAAUGUAUAAAACCCAAAGCCUCAAAUACAGACUGGGAGUUUGUUUUACAAACAGUUCGGUUUGAGAAGAUUUUCACCUUGAUACAGCAACCAACAUCCAUCAUGAUCCCAGAAAACUGGGGCAAAGUGCAGAGUCAAUCCUUUUAUCUGGAUUCACAUUUGUAAGUAUCCCUGUUACCAUGGUUGUUGGGCACUUUCACCUGCAAAAAUUUCUAAGUAUUUUGCUUGGAUUAUGGUUUUGUCUCCAGCUAACAUUGAGAGGAUCAAAGCUUGAAUUCGGAAUAAUUCUAUUUUGGUAGGGGCUAUCUUAAAUCCCCAUUGUACCACAUUUCAAUCUUCUGUCAAUACAGAGCUUUUCUUCUACUUCUCUUAUUUGUCUUUUGUGUCCUUUACUUAUAUGUUUCAAAUGUCUCAACACCUCAUCGUGCCACCUUUCAAACUUCCUGUGAAUAUAGAGCUGUUUUUCUUAUUUUUUUCUGUUUCCUCUUCUUAUUUGCUGUAGAUGCAUUUCUGUUGCAGGCAUAAUUUAUCCCAUUAAUCAUUAUCAACACAGGCUACUUAUACUUGUGAUUUGACUUUUACUAGAGGCACAGUUUGAAUGCAUGUUUUAGUGUUAAGUUAAAAUGAUUAUAACUUGUGUGGCAAAGUAAUGGACCUCCAUUUCUUUUCCUAGAAGAUUAGAUGUUUUUUGUACUGACACAUUGUUUAAUAAUUGUCCUAUUCUCUUUUAAUUCUAGGAUAGCACUUCCUAUUUGAAUUUGAUAAAAAUUUUCAGGCAACAGAGAAACAAAUUUGGUUAGCAGUCAAUAUGAACACGUGUCUACUGCACCUAUAAUGGUAUUCAAUUAUAUAUGUAUGUUUGAAUAAAUGGAAACACCAAGAACAAAUUUCUGAACUCGCAUUAUCCUCAGGUUAUGCAAUAGACAUUUGUUUUAUCCCUUGCUUACAAGAAAAUGAGUUCUGGAUUGGUUAUUUGCUAAAUGGUGCAUCAUGUAAUUUAGGAAAUUGAUUUCUAGACCCACAUCAGUACAAAUCACUACCAUUAUCAAUGAAUAUUUCUUUCCCACAUUUAUUCCUUAUCGCUAUCUGAUGCAAAGUAUAAUUAGAAAAAAAAAAAGGUUUAGAAACUUAAAAAAAAUUAUAAAAUCCUAUACAAAAUGAACAAUGAAAAAAAUAUUUAUUGAUAGUUCGAAAUAAUUAUUUUUAAAUCUUAAAGUUUAUAAACAUAUACUUGUUUUGAUUUCAGCUAUUAUGAUUAAGAAAUUGUACUUUUUACAUUUUUUGAAUAUUUUUUUAUCUAUAAAUGUAUAAAAUUUUUAUAUUUUAAUUUAAACAUAGAUGCAAUAAUGGUGUAAAUGUUCUUCAAAGUAUUUUAAAAAAUUGUAAUUUUAAUAUUGUUAAGGCAAAUGUAUUGCCAGCACAUCUAUGCAAAAUUUGACUUGUAGAGAUGGAAAAAACAAGGUUAUUUUUAGUGAGAAUAAAAGACAGCUCUCUUCCAGUACAAGAUAACUAUAAUCGUGUCCUAACCUUAACCUUAAUUUUCUGCUUAUCAUAUAAGGUUCAUUGUAUAUUUAGAGAUAUUGGUGAUUUAUUCUUUGAAACAAAAAUUGAGAGUUAAGUUUGUGGACAUGAAAUGUGCUACUAGCAAACUAGAAAAGUAUGAAAUGAUGGUGAGGAUCAUCUUUGAUAUAGGGUUUGAUUUGAUUAGGAUCAGUGAUUCAACAUACAGGAAACUUGUAGUUCCAAGGUUUAUUUUUUUAUUUUUUUAUGAAUUUUUGUAUGAGUUCAUUUUCCAUCUAAUUUAGUCUUGUUUGUCUCACAUACCUAGCUAUUUCCUUUUAGUGUGCAAGAUUCCAUUCUCAGUGGCAGCAAUGAUUGAGAAAAUGCAAAAGGAUUUUCUUUGGUUAGGGUUUGGGGAGGGAAAGAGAGAUCAUCUUAUUAGCUGGAUCCAAAUGUACAAGCCUAAGGGGAAAGGAGGAUUAGUGUUCAGGAACAUGUCUUUGAGAAAUGCAGCCCUCUAAUUAGGGGAGUGAUUGUGGAGAUUUCUUAGGGAGUGCUACAUUGAUUUGGAUAGUAUGGUGGGAAAGAAAUGCAAGGAUCUUUGAGGACAAGUGGUGGACUUCCAAAACAUUAUGGAAUCUAAUCUAUUUCUAUUCAUCUUUUGGGGCAUCGACUACUACAACUUUUAAAGGCAUUCCUCUCAACUUUAUUCAACUUAAUUGGAUUUCAAUAUGUAGAUCAAAAGGAUUAAAAUAGAAAUAUCGAGAUGUUUGUAAUGUCUUCUGGUUUAUUUUUCUUUUCCUUUGUUUUGACUAGGUUUUGUUUUUAGGGAAGGAUUCUCAUCCUUCUCUUUUUUACUCGGUUAAUGAAAAUAUUUUUGUUUCUAAUAAAACAAAUUGUAAAAUAAAGUUAGAUUAACCCUGGUUCAUAUGAUAGCAUUGAAUUAUGUUCUAUUAUUCGUUGUUCAGAUCCAGUUGUUCCUAUCAGUCUAAUAAAGAAGUCAACAAUUGAGGAGGCACAUCUGGUUUUCUAAGUUAUAUAUGUUAACUAUUUGUUUUUUUUUUGGUAUUUUGUUUAUCAUAUUAUAGAUUCUAUCAUUGAUUUCUUAUUCAGUAAAUUCAUGUUUAACUUGAGCUGGGAGUGUAAAUUUGAGUGCUUUUGAUAUAUUUGAGUGUCAUCAUUGUUAUUCAAAUGAUUGAUUGGUCUACUGCAUCAUUCAUUCUUUGUUUAGAAACUAUUCUAUGAGGAAUCAAGCCUAGAAUAACACCCUUCUCAACCAUCACCACUUCACCCAAGUCUAAGAGGCUGUGCUAGGUGUACUUCCCUAUUCAUGCACAGUGGUGCUAUCAGCAUUUUGCAGUAUAUGGAUCAUUGAGAUAAUCAAUACAUCAGUCCAUUGAAGAAAUAUUAAGCUGAGAUGUCAAAAGUUUGGAUGUCACCCACUUGCAGGGCUAUCAGCAUACCUGAUCAGGCUUUGUGUUACAUGCCACAGUCAGACAGAUUUUGUGGCUGCAUUAAUAACAGGAGAGCAAUUCUAAAACUCUCCAUCACUUCUUUGGUGGUUCAGUUACAAGGAGGCAAAAGUGACCUUUGGGUUUGCGUUAUGCAAGAGCUGGUCUAACCUGGGUCAGUCGCUAAUUGGAGGUCAGGAUCACACAAAUUCUGACUGGUUACCAGAUGAAGGACUCGUUGGGAUUCUUGCUGUGUCUCCCCUACAUACCACUGCAAUAAUGUUCUCAAGCAGCAGUAUAACCUGAUUUAAUACCCAACAGUAUUGAAUUAUGACCCAUGUGUGGAUUUGUCUAUUUCUGUGUAGUUGUUUAGUUCAGCUUAUCUUUUCGGUCCAAAUUUAUUUCAUUUGUUCUACCAGUCUCUUAAACAGGAUUAUAGUUCAUCAGUUAUUGAUUUUAUCAUUUACAACUUGCAGGAUAGAAAUGUUGGAAGAGGUGAUCAAUUAAAGCAGGUUACAGAUUUAUUUAUGAAACUCCACAAAUAUUCUGUUGGCAUGCAGCAGCAAAAGCAGCUAGAAUUGGAGGAGAGGAAGGUCUCAGAGCUGUUACCCAUUCUGUUCUUGCACUGCACUGGCUGUUUUUCACUCCAGCAGUAAAGCAGUGAAGAAUUGAUUCCAGGUUGGAACUCUGAUGGAAUGGCUUGAAUUUUCAGACUGUCUUCAGGGAGUGGCUCAAUUUCUGAAUGCCUCAUGGUGCCACGUUUUAUUCUUUCUGUGAAUAUAGAGCUUGGAUCUUAGAAGACCAUCUCAACACCUCAUGGUGCUACAUCUCAAUCUUUCUAUUAAUACUUAGAUUAUAGAAGACACAUAGCUCUGGUCAAUAGAGUUAGUACCAUAAAGAAGCAAUAUUUGCUAAAGUUGUUGGAUAUGUUAAAUUAUACAGGAGACCUUAAUGCUAAGAGGUUUAUGAUUGGUUAUUUA